AGUAGGAAGUCAGUGUAACAAAAUAGCACGGAGGUCAACGCGUGAGCGUUAUAUUGAAUAACAGUGGACAAAAACAUUAUGAAAACAAACAUGUCAUUUUGUUCUUUCACAGCAAAAUCCGGUCGACCAUGACUCGACUGUAGAUUGAACAAGCUGGGUUUUUGGAAAAGUAGACCCCACCUGUGCUAAUCAAACAUGGGACCAUCAGGGUUCCUCCCCCUCAUCCAACGUUUGGGCUCCAUCUCCCCCUUACGAGCCGUCACCCGUACCCCCUGGACCCGCGGUCUCCAUCAGGGUCUCCUCGCCUGUCCCCGGACCCGGCAUCAGAACUGCUUCCCUGGCCAGACCUCGCAGCCCCGUAGAGGGCUGGGCAUGGAAGCAGCUCUAAACCAGCACAUCCAGGAACUUAGCGACCCAGAAAAAAGGUUGCUGAAUAAGCUGUAUGAGGGGCUGAUCGGGGGUCAGAGGGCGUCUCUGGCUGAGUCUAUCACCUUGGUGGAGACCCAGCAUCCCAGGAAGAAAGAGCUGGCCCAGGUGCUGCUACAGAGAGUUCUGGCCUACAGGAGGGAGCAGGAGAAACACAACGGAGGGAAGCCGCUGGCCUUCAGAGUUGGUUUGUCAGGGCCACCAGGAGCUGGGAAGUCCACCUUCAUUGAGGUGGUGGGGAAAAUGCUUACAGCGCAAGGUCACAAGGUGUCAGUCCUGGCUGUCGACCCCUCUUCCUGCACCACAGGAGGAUCCCUGAUGGGCGACAAGACCCGUAUGACGGAGCUUUCCAGGGACAUGAGUGCCUUCAUACGCCCCUCCCCCACCUCCGGCACCCUGGGCGGAGUCACCAGGACCACCAAUGAGGCCAUAGUGCUCUGCGAGGGGGCGGGGUACGAUGUUGUGCUCGUAGAGACCGUGGGUGUGGGACAGUCAGAGUUUGCUGUGGCAGACAUGGUGGACAUGUUUGUGUUGCUGAUUCCACCAGCAGGGGGCGAUGAACUCCAGGGCAUCAAGCGUGGCAUCAUCGAGAUGGCCGACCUGGUGGUGGUGACCAAGUCAGACGGAGACCUGGUGGUUCCUGCCCGGAGGAUCCAGGCAGAGUACACCAGUGCCCUCAAACUCCUCAGGAAGAAGUCCAAGUCCUGGAACCCCAAGGUGGUGCGGGUGUCAUCCGAGACGGGCGAGGGCAUCGUCGAGCUGUGGGGCAAGAUAGCGGGCUACCAGGACGCUGCCCUGGCCAGCGGGGAGCUGCUGGUCCGGAGGAGAGCUCAGCAGAAGGUCUGGAUGUGGAGCCUGAUCCAGGAGAACGUCCUCCAGCACUUCCGGAACCACCCAGCCAUCCAGGCUGAGCUACCCCACCUAGAGGCCAGAGUGACCAGGGGAGCCAUCUCACCAGGCCUGGCUGCCGACCUGCUCCUAAAAGCCUUCGCCUCUUCCUCAUAAGGACUGUAUCUGGGUGAAGGAACUGAUUUGACUUGUGUUGGUUUGAGUUCCUACCAGACUAUGAUUGAAGGAAGACUGUAAGCACAGGUGUACGAGGACCAGGUCACUUCACCGUGAGCAUGUUUUCAGUGUCCUCUUACGAGAAAGAGUGACUGAGGGGGGCUGCCUGUGGACGGGUCUGCUUGGAUCUGUCCCUCAUUCCCUGUCUCCUCUCCUCAGAACGCCCGGAAGGAGAAGGUCCCCAGGGAGAAACAUGACAUCACAUUUAUUGGGGGGAAAUCCUGGGAAAGGCAUUAUAAGGAAUCAAGUCAAUACUUAGACCGUAGUCAAAGAGGAGGGGAUGAUCUUUUAGUACUGAGAUACAACCUUCAAUCCCCUAAUACACUGCCUUCAGACAUUUUAGUUGGACAAUACAGUUUAUACUCCAGGAGUACUUUGCAUACUGUGUUUUUGGAUAAAUUAAUGACACGAUA